AAAUCCAAACUCAUACUGGAAAGUCACGCAAAUUCAUCAGCUGAAACAAACCCAAGACACACCAACAUCACAGCACAAUUGGAUAUUCAGUUGAUGACAAAAAAAACAUGGAGAAAAUUAAAAAUAUCUUUUGGGGAAAUCGUUCAUCAUCUUCUCUGUUAGACGUAGAAGCAAGGAGCAUACCAUGGGGGGACAGUGAAAGAGAGCGAGACCUGCAGCUUGUCAGAGAUUACAAGCCUCACAAAGAUGUCCAGCAUCUCAGAAUUCUGCUUUAUGGACCACCAGGUGCUGGAAAGUCCAGCUUCAUCAACUCUGUCGACAGUACUUUAAGAGGCAAAAUCGCAACUCGAGCUUUGGCAGCGGCAAACUCUGGUGACAGUUUCACCAUUGCAUGCACAACAUAUAAAAUUCAGAGAGAAAAGCCAGAAACGUUUUACUCUUUUGUCUUCACUGACACCAUGGGCCUUGAGAGGAGCGCUAAGGGAGGAAUUCAUGUGGAAGACAUCAAACUUGCCAUGAAUGGACAUGUAAAAGAAGGUUACAGGUUCAAUCCCAAAUGUCCCUUAUCUGAAACGGAUCCUAACUACAGAAGCUCCUCCACUUUAGAUGACAAAGCCCACAUUCUGGUUUUAGUCAUUCGUGCUGACUCAGUGAGCAUAAUCGAUGAUAUAACUGUGAGGAAGAUGAAAGAUGUCAGAGCAGCAGCUCGUGACAAAGGGAUCCCACAAAUAGCUCUCAUCACUAGAAUUGAUGAAGCCUGUCCUGAAGUCAAAAAAGACAUAAAGAACGCCUACAGGAGCAAGUAUUUGAAUCAGCUGAUGCAAACAGCAAGCAUGAACCUGGGUAUUCCACUGAACUGCAUCUUCCUCGUGAAGAACUACCACACAGAGAUUGAGACGGAUAACGAUGUGGAUUCACUGAUACUGAGUGUACUGAAAAAGAUCAUUGACUAUGGAGAGGACUACCUGAAUGACCAGAAUGAUCCUGACCUGUAAUCAGUGUGUGAGGAGGAUAGAAAAUGAAAAUGUUCAGUUACUCUUCAGGUGAUUUUGCUUUGCUAUCAUUACAAUCACAGUCACGCAAAGAGUUAAUUUAAUCAGAAACGCUAUCAUACAGUUUUUUGUCUUGUUCUUAUUUCCAACCUUUACAGGAAAUUAAUACAUGUAUUUUUUGCUAUUUAUAUUUAAAAUGUUAACUGUAGGAAAAAUGACACAUAUGCCUGUAACCUGUUGUCUGGUGUGUAAUUCAAAUAAAUAAUUUCAAUCCUCGAUGUAAGACUGUCCUCUGUGAAUCAGUGAUUUCUUGUUUCCAGA